AUGCCACCAUUUCCAGGAGAGGAGACGUUAAUCACCGUAUACGCCGACGUCCACGUCUACUUCGACGCACCCACCCGUCGCCCAUUCCUCCACCGCUUCGACAAAGCCUCCUACUUCUACAUCUACUACAAUUCCACCCGACAAACCAGUCGAAUCGAAGUCGCCUUGCACCCUGGAACCCCAGACCAAGCCGCAUUCAAUGGAUUCCUAGAUAACGUCAAGAUCAUCAACUCGCACACCUUUCCGACAAAGGUGACGCUUGUUGUCGACGGGUUGGUUUCCUCCCCACCGGGUACAACAUCCCCAUCCUCUGCACAUCCAAAAAGGGAUCCGGAUGAAUGGCGUCUUCCUAGCGCCGAUCCAAGAGAUCCAGGUUUAAACAAGUAUCGGGUCCAUACCGUGGACUUUUACUUCUGGGUCCAAGAAGACGCGAAAUUGGUCGUUGAUAUCUUUAAGAGACUGUUGCAGCCUCAGCAACUUGAAGUUGACUCGUCCGAGGAACUUGAACCCGAACCGCAACAUGAAUCUCAGAAGUUGCAGACGCAUUAUGAGGACCAGUCAACUCAUCAUGACAUGGUCAGUCCUGUUGUGCAGAACCUGGAACAUCUCGCUAUUUCCGAUCCAGCAUAUCAUAAAGAUGACAACCACCGUGACCGUCAUGAACAGACCCCAAGUUCUCCGACGAAUCUUCGAACAACCGAGGCCGCGGCCCAGCCUCAUGUUCAGGCUCAGUCACCGUCUCCAGCUUCAACACUACCUCAAGGACCGACAGCUCAUGCGCAAGUCACAUCAGGCCCUUCAAUCUCCCCCAGUCCUGGUACUAGUACUGCAAACUCACAAAACGUCCAACAACGAGCCCCGUCAGUAACCAAGGCGGCUCAAGCUCAACCACAACCACCAUCGACCAACACAAACUUCACUCCGCUAGCAUACAACCCAGCCGCACCCGCCGCACCAGAACCCAUCGCCCAUCGCGAGGACACUCCUCCUCCCGUCGAUGGAAUGGACGGAACAGGCCUUGCAGCGGCCGCAAAGCACGAUGGCAUGCCUGGCAUUCCUAGUGCUGCUGCUGCUGCUGCUGCCGCCGGUGGCUACCCGCAGACUUACCAAGGCCAGAGUCAAACACAUGCGCCUUUUCCACCUCACAUCGGCACCCAUCCUCAAGGUGCUGCUGCCGGUACUUUCUCACCACCACCACAAGCAAACCCAAACCUCUACAAUGUGAACCAAUACGGAGCACCAUCUCCACAACCGCCCUCAUUCGGACCUUCUCAUGCAUCAGCAGCUGUGAGCCUUCCUCCACAACAUACUCCUUCCCUGCUCGCUCCAGCAGCAUCUCCACCUCAACCACAUGCCACUGCACCAUCAUUUGGCCCACCUCAAGCAGCAGCAGGCAUGACAUCUUCUCCGGCAGCGUCUUUUUCUUCUUCUCAACAACAACAACAACAUCCCACUUCACCACGGACAUCGGUCGCCAGCAGCAGCCACCACCACUACGGACUUCCAAACCAAGACCCCAAUGCCCACAUUUUCGGUGCCAGUCAACCACACCAAUCAUCAUCACCCGUCCAGACUCCCGGGUCACAGUUUUACAACUCGCUCGACGGUGCUCACAAACCCUUACAACAUGUCCAGCCUCAAUAUCCCGACUAUUUGGCUGCCGGCGGACACGCACAACCUGGCCAUCAUGUUGGUCAGCAGCCGCCACCGCCUCCCCCUGUGGGCGGAUACUCGAACUACCAUUACUCAGGCCAAUCACCGCCACAUUCCAAUACCAACCCAUACGACAUCCAUCAGCAGGUCUAUAGACCGACGGAACAAGAACAUCAUACUCAUCAUCACUCCAAGCCGUCAAGGUCUUCGUCGAGCAAACCUUCGCAGGCCGAGAGGAUCGAAAAGGGCGUGGGGAAAUUGUUCAAGAGGAUCGAGAAGAAGAUUGGAUGA